AUGUUAUAUUUAACACCGUUUAUCACAUUAACAAUAAACAAGAUUUGCCGUGGUAUUCAUGCAAAUUUAUGUGAUUCAAAAGAAGUUCAAAUGUACAUGUCUCAAAUUGGAUCAACUACUUUAAUAUAUUCAGGUAUAAUCAGUACCUUAAUGAGUGGAAAAUGGGGUCGGUGGUCCGAUCACUAUGGUAGAGUUAAAAUAUUCGGCUAUAUGGGGUUAAUAAGAGUAAUAGGUAAUCUAUUACAUUUGCUGGCUUUAUCUUCAUAUGUACCAUUCAAUAAAUGGUUAAUUAUUCUUUCUGCCACUGUAAAUUCAAUUAGCGGGGGUAUGUUUGCAUUUUUUGGUAAUGCAAAUAGUUAUAUAAAUGAUAUUGUGGAACCUGAGGAUAGAAUAUUUUCAAUCAGUUUUGUCACCAGUCUUAUGCAGAUAACUACAGGGAUUGGACCAUUAACAGGAUCUCUUUUAGUUAAAUGGUAUAAUGGAAAUGAUUCGGUACCCAUCUAUGUUGCUAUUGCAGCCGGUAUUCUAUUCAUAGUUUUAUGUUUUACUAUAAUAAUAGAACCACGUCAUAAUCUAUGGUUAGAAUACACCAGAGAACAAUUUACUAUCAAACAAAUGGAGUUAUAUCAAGAAUUUAACAAUGACAUUACCAACUCUUCUUCUACUUUAUGGUUCAAAGCUCAAAGAUAUGGUAAAUAUCAUCUAAUAAAAUUAGUAGAUUUCUUGGAACCCUUCAAACAAUUUUGGUUAAAGGAUAAACCUUCCUCAGUGAAAUGGAAUGUUUUAUUGUUAGUUACUAUUGAUAUUCUUUUUGGAUCAGUUAUGAUGGGAAUAAUGCCUAGUUUUUUAUUAUUUUGUACAUACAAAUAUCAUUGGAAAAGUGUGGAAUUAGGCUACUUCAUAUCCUUCUGUGGCAUAGCAAAUGGCAUAACAUUAUUUUUAUCGUCACAUUAUGGUAUGAACUUAAUGAAAAAUGUAAUUAAAACAAAUCCAAAUAAUGUGGAUAAACUAGAUAAAGUUUCUAUUGGCAUGUCUUUGAUAUUUUUAACUGUUAGCAACUUUUUUAUGAUAAGAUUCUCCAACUAUUCAAAAAUCAUCAUAAUCUUUGUCAUUUUAAGAAGUCUAUCAAAGAUAUGCAGUCCAAUUGCUGAAGCAGCAAUUAUGAAACAUUAUAAGAAAACAGGAAAGAGUACAGGUCAAGUGUUUGGUGCCAUUGCAUUGCUGAAUUCUUUAUCCAUGUUAAUUGUGCCACCAAUACUACUAAGAAUAUACGGAUUUACUAUUAGUAUAGGACCAGAAUUGUUUUUGUAUUUCCCUUUAACCUGUUGCCUAAUUGCACUUAUAAAUUGCUAUUUUUUAAGUGUCAAUGCUCCAAUUGAGAGCUCAAAUCUUAUGAGAUCCUCAACUCCACUUUAUGGAACGGAAGGUUAA